AUGCUUGCGGUUGACUUACUGGCCGGAGCGGUUGGAGGAUGCGCUUCCGUGUUCGUGAGUCAGCCGUUAGACACGGUCAAGGUGAAAAUGCAGCUGUAUCCCCACGUGUACAAAAGUAUGUACUCGUGUUUGACCCAAGUUAUCCGGAAAAAUGGAGUGAGAGGAAUUUACGCUGGUACAACACCUGCGCUCAUGUCGAAUUGCGCUGAAAACGCAGUCAUGUUCGGUACAUAUGGGCAAUGUCAGAAAAUAGUCGCAUCCAUUACCAAUGCAGGUGUUGAGACCAAGAACUUGAACUACCUGCAAAACGCCGCGGCCGGUGGCAUAGCGUCGAUAUUUACUUCCGUAGUUAUAUGCCCGACCGAGUUAAUCAAAGUACGAAUGCAAACCGAUUAUGGAGACGUCAAAACCCGUUUGUCGGCUGGCGGUGUGAUAAAAAAUAUAUGGAAUGCCGGCGGUUUCCGGGGUUUUUACCGGGGAUUGACAUUCACGGUGGCCAGGGAAAUGAUAGGGUGCUCGCUUUUUUUCGGAGCGUACGAAUGGACUCGCGAGAUAUUAAAACCCAAGGAUGAGCCAAAGGAACAGUGUGAUGCUUUGUCCACAAUGGCAGCGGGUGCUAUUGCGGGAAUCGUCAACUGGGUGGCCGUUUACCCAUUGGACGUGAUCAAAUCGCAGAUACAGAGCACAAAAGACGACAGUGUGCGGAAAUUGAUCAAACAGCAGAUAGCCGGUAAAGGUGGCGUUCGGGCUCUGUACAGUGGACUGUGGCCCACGCUGAUGAAGACCAUACCGGCAACGGCAGUUUUGUUGUUUGCUAUCGUCCACUCCGGUUUCCGACAAAGAGGUUUUUUCGUACUGUGA